UUGCAUGUGACUGAUGAUGUGAGCAUGUUCGUUUCAUAAUAAAAAUGUUGCCAGGUAACCAAAAAGUCGUAUGUUUUUGUGCGAAUUACGAUCAUAAUCUUUACGAUCGUACAUUAAAAAAUAGACAAAUAAUAGUAUGAGUACGAUUUAAAUCGUAUAUCUGUCAACCCUGCUAGCAAGACAGCGACAAAAUCACGUUGCAUAACAAUGUAGCCCAAGCUUAUAUCUUAUGAAAUAUACGGAAGAGAUACGGACUUAGAAAAAACAGAAAUGUUGUUCUUUGUGGAAGUCAUUGAUGAAAUUCUAUGUAUUUUAGCCCGCAAACUUUCUUCAAACAAAAACAGCGCCAUCUAGUAUCGAGUUCUGUAAUUAUCUCUUUGUUUAUGGAUUUGAAGUAAGACCGCCACGCAUGCAAUACAUUAUGACUGGGGAUUCCCCUAUUCGUCGACGCUGAAUAUGAGGCGACGACAAUCACUGUCAAACGUGUUCACUAUUACUCUGACUCUGGUAACGUGACUUCCUGGUAACGUGUUAGGUAGGAAAAGCAGUAAAAAAGUGCAUAUUAAGGGAGCAGAUUUGAAAUAAUAUUUAUACUUAACAAGAAAUAAUUAAAGGUUCAAUGGGGAGACCUAAAGAUUUACGCAUAUGGGAGCACUACCGUACUUUACCAAACAAGUCUGUUUCUUGCAAGCUUUGUAAUAAGGUCUACAAAUUCAGUAAUGCUGCCAAAAUGCUUCAACAUCUUAUCACUUGUCCAAAAUCUCCAGAAACAUUAAAAGACUCUAUGAAACUUAUAAAAGAUAGCUCGUCCAAAACCAAAAUGUCUGGACUGUCAGAAAUAGAGACAAAUGAUUCUUUUAUAAGCCCCUCGUCGUCUGCUAACACUACAAUAAAUGCUGAGUUUCAAGACACCGAUGAUCAUAUAAAAACAGAAUUAGCGAGAGCUAUAUUUGUAACAGGGACGCCAUUAUCGAUGGUGCAACAUCCUUUAUGGAUACAAUUUUUCGAAAAAUUGCAACCAAAAUUUAAAAUACCUUCACGUAAAGCUUUAGCGACAAAAUACUUAGAUAAAAUAUAUAGAGAAAUGCGUUUUGAGUUAAAUGAGGAACUAAAUGCUUGUAGUUACUUACACCUUCAGUGCGAUGGCUGGUCUAAUUUCAGAAAUGAAGGAAUAAUAAACUUUCUUAUAUCAAAACCUCAACCUGCAUACGUUAAAAGUUUGAAUACAGAAAGUAAUCCUCACACUAGUGAAUACCUUAGCCAAGAAGUUGAAAAAGUAAUGAAAGUGUAUGGAGCAAAUAAGUUUCUUGUACUUAUUAUUCUGCAUAUCAAUGAUAUGUUACAGAUAAGUAAUAUUCAUUGCUAUGCAGACGACAGUACAGGAGAUACAUUAUAUACCGGUCAUGCAAAGAUCUCGCGGGCACAUACCGAUGAGUGCCGGAAUAGACUUGUGUCUGAAAUCGAAACUUCACUCCAUCAAGUUUCGAUCUGGGGUGAACAAAAUCUUGUCCAAUUUAACCCCAAAAAGACACAAGUCUGCGCGUUUACCGCAAAAAAGACGCCGUUUGUCGUAUCUCCUCACUUUCAGGGCACUUCCCUUGAUAAAAAGUCGAGUCUAGGAAUUCUGGGCGUUGAUAUAUCUUGCGACGUCCAGUUUUGCGGUCAUCUGGAGGAGAAGGCUAAGAUAGCUUCCAAAAAGUUAGGAGUACUCAAUAGGGUGAGACGAUAUUUCAUGCCAGAACACCGCCUGAAAUUAUAUAAAGCCCAAGUCAGGCCGCAUAUGGAAUACUGUUCUCACCUGUGGGCAGGAGCGCCACAGUACCAACUCCUUCCGUUAGACCGCAUUCAAAGUCGGGCGGCUCGAAUUAUCGAUAGUCAACGCCUUACUGUCCGACUCGACCCACUGAAACUGCGCAGAGAUGUUGCAUCUCUGUGCAUCUUCUACCGAAUUUAUCAUGGGGAGUGUUCUGAGGAAUUGUUCGGAUUGAUACCUGCUGCUGAUUUUCACCACCGUACAACCCGCCACAAACUAAAGUUUCAUCCCAAUCAUCUGGACGAGUGGCGGUCUUCCACCGUGCGUUUUUCAAGGCACUUUCUUCCACGCACAACCAUUCUUUGGAAUCAACUUCCAGCAGCAGUAUUUCCGAACCGAUACGACAACAUAACCUUCAAGAAAAGAGUAUAUUCCUUUUUAAAAGGCCGGCAGCACACCUGCAAUGCCGCUGGUGUUGUGGGUGAUCAUGGGCGGCGGUAGUCACUUACCAUCAGGUGAGCCGCAUGCUCGUUUGCCCCCUGUGUUGUAAAAAAAAAAAAAAAAAAAAAAAAUUAUUGGCGAUAACGCUAGAAAUAUACAAAAGGCAUUCGAAUUAACAAAACUCAAAUAUCCACAUGUUGUUCCUCUCGGUUGCUGUGCACAUAUCCUUAACUUGUUGUGCCAAGAUAUUGUAAAGAUACAAGAAGUAACUGUGUUUAUUAUGCAAGCCAUAAAUAUAAUAAAAACUGUUAAAAGGAGUCAACGAUUAAGUUCCUUGUUGAUAAAAUCAAGGCAGGGUGAAGAUUCUACACAAACACUAAAAUUGCUUUGUGCUACAAGAUGGGGAAGUCAUGUUACUUCGUUAAAAAGUUUGAAAGCAAAUAAGAUAGCUUUGCAAAUAUUAACAGUUAGAGAAGAUGUGGUAAUUUCAAGAGAUAUUAAAGAUUUAAUUCUAAGUGAUGAUUUCUGGACGAAGACAGGGGAAUGUAUAAGUAUUUUGGAACCAGUCACUGAAAGCAUAUUUUACUUAGAGAGCGACCAGAAUCGUUUGCAUCGCACAUACAUUACAUUUAGAGAUGUACAAGCUAAGAUACGUUUUGCAUUAAAUGAGAUUUCGACAUUGAGCGAAGAAAGCAAACAGCAGAUUCUAACAUCAGUAUCUUCAAGAUGCAAUAUGGCAAUGAGGCCAAUACAUUUUGCAGCAUAUAUUCUAGACCCCAGGACUCUAGGAGUCGAACUUACUCAAGAGGAAGAACUUAAGGGUAUGGAGUUUAUCUACAAUUUAAGCCAACACUUAAGUUUGUCAAAUGUAAUGGCAGAUUUGGCGUGUUAUAAAGCUAAAGAAAACUUUUGGGCCAGAGGAUUUGUAUGGAGCUCAUUAGAUAGCAUUGAGCCCCUAAUAUGGUGGAAAGGUAUUUGUGGUUCCACUGAGUUAAGCAAAGUAGCGAUUCGUAUUCUAUCAGCUCCCUGUACUUCGGCAGCCACUGAGCGUUCCUUUAGUAUCCAAGGCUACAUACAUAAUAACAAAAGAAAUCGACUUACAACUGAAAGAACUGAAAAAAUUUCAUUCAUUUGUUAUAACUGGAAUCUUAAACAUAAAGCUGAAUGCGAGGACAUUCAGUUUAAUGAAGAAAAUACCUUAGAAGCUUUCAUUGAGCAAGUAAAUGAACAUAACAGUUUAGACGAAAUAGAGCCUAUCGAACCUAUACAAUUCAUCGCUUGUAAUAACUCUGAAUCUGACAGUGAUUGACUGUAGUUUUACAUUUUACUUUCAUCUCUUUCUUAAUAAACUCAAAAUCAAAUUAAAAGUUUUUUAUUCUGUAGGCUGCAUAAUAAUAUUGUCUAUGUCCAGUAUAGUGGACGUCUUGCGGCUGAGAUGACGAUGAUGAAGUACAAAAUCAUAAACACCCAAAAAUUUGGGUGUUUAUGGGGUUUAAACCCAAUAAACCCAAAACACCCGGUUUUUACCCACCAGACUUUAAACCCACCCAGGUGGAUUGCCCAUCU